UGUCAAAUUAGGGGUCUAAUUUCAUUGCAAGGUUGGCAUCAUUCCAACAAUAUGGCGUGCAUAUUUACUAGUUUCGAUCAAUUCAUGGGUCAUAAAGAAGUACUUGGCAUAUUGUCAACAGAAGUAGUGAGGUGGGGAACGGCCUACAGUGUCAGUUCAGUUGUCUCCCCUACAUCGUCGCCACGGUGUCGCAAAGCCGGAAUGGUCAUCGAAGUGUUUAGGCUCGCGUCGACCACGAGGAAUUAAUUUAUUUCCGAUUGAGGAGAUAGUGAUGUCAUUCUUUUAGCACAACGCGAGCAAGGCAAAAUGUUAUUGUUUGGAAUCUAAAAAUAGCUCUAUCUAAUUCGGACUGGUGACGUCACCUUAGAAGGCAUUAUCUUGAACUUUGCUUUAUUCUGAUUAAAUAUUAAUUUCAAACUUACCAAAAAGGAUACAUUAUCGUUGAUAAAUAGCCAACAAUCAAUAUUUUAAGGAAAAGAAAUUUUUCGCAGCUGAAUUUCGAAUUAUUUCGUUUAUUUUCCGCUGAAACCAUUUGCUUCGAGGCUCGAGCUGAGAAAUACCACAACACGUCUUGCCCCCAGCUGAUCGUAGUAAAAGCGUGUCUGCCAUGACGAUGGCGAGCAGUGUGGACGUGCACGAGUCAACGUCGUUGACCACGGCAGCAUUUAUGCAGGAGCUGAGCGACUUGGACGACCUGACACUGGUCAAGGCGACUUAUGCCGCCCUAGAGAGCGGGCGUCUCACUCCCCUUUUGAAGGAAGAACUACGAUGCCGAAUACAAAGUCGCCGCCUCUCUGAAGGGAAAGACGAGCUCAUGGUCGAGUUCACGGCGCCCACCAAAGACGAGCCCCGCCCCGAGGAGCUGGCCAAGUUAGACAGGCGUAGGGAGCAGAAUCGACGAGCAGCUCGCAAAUUCCGUGAAAAGAAGAGAAACAAAACGGACAUUCUCAUGCAGGAGACCCAUCGUCUCGAAUCCAGUAACGACAGCCUACGCUCAGAAAUAUCCGAACUAGGCAAAGAGCGGACCAGACUACUAGCUGUACUUACUGAGCAUGCGCAGCUGUGUCACAUGACCAAGGUGGACAAUCCACCACCCUGACCUCUUUGCCCAGUAGCACCAAUCAAUAAGCUCACGUGGAUCUAUUCACUCAUCGCUCAUUGGUCAGUCAUAUGUCACGUGUCAUCAUCUCCUUGUGUCAAAGACAACCUUCACCCCUGACAGAAAGUUCAUCUGAUGAUGCAGCUUCGGGCCUCCCGUGUCACUGCCUGUAUGGGAUGUAGUUGCUGGGUAUUCUUGUAGCCUUGGCAACGUACCCUUCAACAAGAAACAUUUGAUCAACAACGACGUAUCUCAUGUAUGGACAAACAAGACGUCGUCGUUUUCCUCUUCCCGAAAAUAUGACAAAAUACACGCUGUCCAAAGCCUGACAUUUAUGACUUCAUUUAAUACAAAAUAUAAACCAUUUGUGCAGAUAUCAUGAAUAUGAUAUAUGUAACAAUUCGAUGUAUUAUAUAUAUGGAGGUUUUGUCUGAUUGUUCAGAUGUAUGUAAUAUAUACUGAUUGUUACAACUGUCUCUUAAAGUGUAUAUACGGAAAUAUUCUUAGUAUGGACCGUUCUGUACAAAUAUGACUUGACUUUCAAAUGGACAAUUCGUUAUAUUGUUAAAGUUUAAAUUGGAAUCAUAAAUGGCAUGUUUUUAAGUCUAUGCGUGAUUCGAUUAUCGAAAUAUCGAAAAAAUAUAUACAUGUAUCAACAGAGACACAAUUUACCAACAACUUACUAAAUAAGUCCCUUUGCGGCGACAGUUAGAAAUAUGUGACAGUCAACAGCAAUUUGUAUUAUGUUUGAUAUUUGACCACAGCCAAACGUUGAAACCAUUCUCUGAUUUUUGUAGCAAGAGUUAUAUAUGUACAACGUCUCCACGUUACAGAACGAGAAAAUAAAACCAUCGGUCAUGAAGCCGUAAUGAUGUGGACAAUUUCCGUAAAUUUGAUAAUUCCACAAAAAUGUCUUUUUGAAUAAAGCAAAAUGAUUUAACAAUAUCCAUGUGUAUAUUGUGCCACGUACAGGCCAACUGCUGCUCUUUAAAUUCUUCUACCUUUUCACAAACACUAGAAUAGGGCUUUAAACUGGAUUUAUAAACUGUUGUUUGUUGUCUUUAUUGGUAAUCGACUGGGAGUAUAUAGAACAUAUUGUACAGACAUCUAUAUCUAAUUAUAGCGUAGUACAUUUCUAGGGUAGUGAUGUUAGAAACACUGGUACUGCUUGUAGGCCAGACAGAUUGCUUUGCAUAAAAAUGCAAGAUAUGUUAAUGUGUUUUCCUGAAUAUAUCAAGAGCGUUCGAGAUAAUAUCAACAUUGUCUGCGGAAAAAUAAUUAUAUAUAAAGAAGUAUAUUUGUCAUUGUUUUAUAGCCUGGUGAUGUCACAAGGUCAAAUUUGUUUGAGAAACAUUUGAUUAAUUCCUCAUGGCAUCUGAGUGUCACACUGCGCGUAGAGGUCGGUGUGAGGUGUUUGUUUCAUUCGGUAUUCACAUACUUUGAUGAUGUGGUAUACCAGGUGUAAUAUAUCCGAAUGUUUUAUAGAUCUGACCAUUUCCUUCACAAUGACGUCAGUAAUUAACACGAAGUUUUUAAUUGAGAUGAAGUCAUUACAUGAUGUCAUACAGUCACCACGUGUCAUGCAGCUACUUGGUAAAACGAGGUCACUGCUUGUUAUGCUACGUGUCAUGUAACACUGACGUUACGUUGAUCACGCGACUAGAAGCGUCAUGUCGUCACUACGUGUCAUUCGACGGGUAGAGCUACGUGUCAUGUGUCCAGAUAUACUAUGACAAGCCUUGUUUUACUGCGUUAUUGGACUAGUAGCGCUACGUGUUAUGUGACAAGUAACGCCAUGACGUCCCUUGUCCUGAGACUAGUAACUAUGUGUCAUUACGCGUCACAUGACUAGUCGAGUCUUGUAGGUACUUCACGAGCAAUGCAGCUAGAAACGGUGUGAACCCACCGAGUGUCAUGUGAUUCUCAUCAUCUUUCUGUCAUUACCCAUCAUGCAGCUGGAAAAGCCAUGUAGUGAUAACGUCAUAACUAGUAACGCUACGUUUCCUUUGACUAGUUUGCCAUGUUACUCGUAACGUCACAUAGUCGUCAAUACUGACGCUACGUGUCUGUGACCAGUUACGCUUCGUGACUAGUAAGGUUACGUGUCAUGUGAUUAGUAACGUCAAGUAGUCAGUUACGCUUCGUGACUAGUAAGGUUACGUGUCAUGUGAUUAGUAACGUCAAGUAGUCAGACCGUUUCGUGACUAGUAACGCUACCGAUCUACUGACUAGUAACGUAGUCAGAAUGUUUCGUGACUAUUACGUUUACUUGUCCUGUGACCAUUAACGCUACGUGUCCUAUGGCUAGUAACGUGAUAUAGUCAGUACGUGUCAUGGCUAUUAUAAGCUACGUGUCACAUGACAAGUAACGCCACGUGUCCGGCAUAUAGUCAACUGUAACGUCUUACAGUGUUAGCCUCAUCUACCUCCUGAUGGAUGCCACUACCCCUAACAAGAUGAAAAGGGCGACGUCACGCUGCUGUCGUCUCACCAAUGGCUGCCUGGCAGAUCUGACAAACCUGUUAUUCACCUUUCGCCAACUUGAACCUCACCCCCAGUAUUGCGCCAAGUAACUUGUUUAAGAAUACGAUGAAUAGAAACAUCGUCGAUAAAUUGGUUUAGUUUUACUCUAAAUAGUUCCUUAUGUGAAAUUAUUCCAGCGCUUAUAUAUUCCUCGGAACGUGGAACCCUGUCUUCUCACGUCACUGUGUUUGAUUUGUAGUGACGCGCCGGGAGGUUGACACGUCUUAAUGAGGAGAAAAAACAACCUCUUACUGACAAUUCAAGGAACAUACGAUAUAUCUAACUGUAUGAAGGAGAUAAGCUCAGUAUCUUGUUAGGUAUUAAUUAUACAGUCAUUUGUCGUUAACAGUAUCCUCCGUGUUCGGAGAACCUGGCGACGCCAUACUCGAGCAUAUGGUUGAGCAAAUAUGUCACGUGGAUAAGUACAUACAGGGACGUCCAUGCAUUGGCGUCAUCAAUGUCUUGUCUUGCUCAAUGUCCCGACCUCAUCGGGUCACUUGUCCUGACCCUAGUGCAGGUCAUCUUCCUGAUCCUAGCAGACGCCCUGUACUGACCCUGCGGGCGUCCUGUCCUGACCCUAGCAAACGUCCUUUCCAAAUCCUAACUGGCGUCGUGUCCAACCCUGCGGGUGUCCUGUCUUGACCCUAGCAAACGUCCUGUCUAAACCCUAACUGGCGUCGUGUCCAACCCUGACGGGCGUCCUGUACUGACCCUGACGGGCGUCCUGUACUGACCCUAACGGGCGUCCUGUCCUGACCCCAGCGGGUCCUGUACUGCCCCUGGGUAUGUCCUGUCCUGACCCCAGCGGGUCCUGUACUGCCCCUGGGUAUGUCAUGUCCUGACCCCAGCGGGUCCUGUACUGCCCCUGGGAAUGUCCUGUCCUGACCCCAGCGGGUCCUGUACUGCCCCUGGGUAUGUCCUGUCUUGAGAGGGGUAGUGGCGACCUUCUGAUUGUCCCCCUGAUGUCAGCCAAUCAAUCAUUAUCGAUCUUUGUGUUCAAGUAACUCAGCAUGGGAAAUGAUCUCAAGAUCAAUACUGUUUUUGAUCAGUUUUCAGUACAUGAUCAUUAUAAUCAGAUUUUUAUUCUACCUUUUGAGCUUUUUUAUCUUGAGCCAUAAAAUGGCAAUAAAAUUUGAGGAUGCA